AUGUUCGGUGCUGUGGGCGGAAUGAUUGAACGACAUGCACGCGCUAGUCUGGAAUCUGUGGCUCGGAAAUGGAUUUGGGAACCUUUGGGAAUGAGUUCAACAGGCUUCACAAACAUUGAUGCCGACAUAGUCGCUAGAGGCUACUUCUGGCAAGGAGAGCAUUAUGUUCCAGAAAAGUUUACCGAUCUCAGCGGCAUUGCAGGAGCCGGAGCCACGAUCUCUUCCGUCAACGACUACGCGCUGUGGAUGAGAGCACUUCUCGAUGCUUACAGGGGCAAGAAAAACGAGUCGUCGCCAAUCACAAACAGUCUCUGGUCAGAAACCACGAGGUCGAGAGCGAUUAUCAAUCCCGAAGACCUUGAACCUCUUACUUAUGCUCUCGGCUGGAUGAUCGGUCGACUUGGCAAGUAUACUGUCGUGACACAUAGCGGUGGCGUCAACGGAUACGGCACGAAUCUGUUUCUCAUACCAGAGUUAGACUUUGGAUUCGUGUCGAUGGGAAACACGCAAAGCACAGCUGCGAUAGCAGGCGCUGCACUCUUCUCUACACUUUUGAGAAAGCUUUCGCCGUAUGAUCAGCAUGAUAUCGAUGAAGCUAGGAUCACGGGACUGCACGAGUUUUUGACUUUGACGAAUUCUUUCACGGGAUCGAGACGGAGUGAUAACCACGCUGAUGAUGUCUCUUUAUCGCUUCCUGGUAGUUUGCGGGAGUACGUUGGUCUCUACGAGCACGCUGCUUACGGGCUGUUUAACAUCAGUAUUCUGUCCCAAGAUCAAUACACAAAAGCAGAGAUGGGAAACCAGCAGCCACUUUCCGGAACAAACCAGAUCCAAUUCAGCGUCAGGCCAUCCGCUCGAUCUUGGGCAACCGCCGGCACGCUCAAACAUAAAAGCCACACUUCAUUCGAUUUUGAGAUUUUCACCGUGUCUGGUCCUAUUGCAGAGAAGGAGGUUGCCAAAGAGUGCGGGAGCGUGGAAGAGACGGGUCGUGUGCUGACGUGUAAAAACGAAGAGGCUCGUGAGAUGCUCUCAAGGACUCGCGCAGUUUUUGACUACGAGAUUUAUGGAAGGCGGGUUGCUAAGCUGGGGCUUCAAUUCGAGCCGGAACAGAUUAGAUAUGCGGCAGAAGUUGGUGGAGAGGAGAAUUGGAGGGAAGGGAUGAUUUGGUUUAUUAAGAUGUGA